AUGGUUCUCUCCCAGUCAGCGCCAAAACACACUGAUUCCGACGGUCGAGAUUUUGUUCUACCGCCUUUUAGUCGCGACGUCACCACCAGCAAGCCAGAGGCCAAGAGAUGGGUUGAGGACGGCUUUGUUUGGUGCUACGCCUUCAACCACGCCGAAGGAGAGCGCUGCUUUGAGAAGGCCAUCGAAAUCGACCCAGACUGCUGUCUCGCUUAUUGGGGUCUUGCUUUUGCCCUUGGUCCUAAUUACAACAAGCCUUGGAAGGCUUUUGACCACCAUGAUCUCAGACACACUACACUGAAAGGACUAGAGGCAUGCAGAAAGGCGGAAUCGCUAGCCUCCAAAGCGAGCCCAGUUGAGCGUGCCCUUGCUGGUACCAUUCGACAUCGCUUCCCAAGUGAUGUUACUGACACUAAGAAUGCAACAAAAUGGAACCGCGAGUAUGCAUCAGCCAUGAUACCUGUUUACAACGAAUUCAAAGACGACCUCGACAUUGCAGCGCUUUAUGCGGAUGCACUCAUGAAUCUCACACCCUGGUCACUGUGGGAUGUACGCACAGGAAAGCCAGCACCUGGAUCUGAGGUCCUUGAGAUCCAGGCAGUUCUCGAGAAGGGACUCGCGUCAAAGGGUGGAUAUCAGCACAUCGGCCUUUUGCACGCCUACAUCCACGUCACCGAGAUGUCUAAUGAGCCUGAGAAAGGUCUGCUUGCCGCCGAGUAUCUUCGUGGUCUGGCAAAUGAGGCAGGCCAUCUGGCACACAUGCCUUCACAUCUUGACAUCCUUAUUGGGGAUUAUCGACGUGCCAUUUCAGCAAACACCAAGGCUGUCAACGCUGAUGAGAAGUUUGUUGCUCUACGCGGUGGUGGCGACUUCUACACCAUUUACCGGAUGCACGACUAUCACUCGCUCAUCUACGCCGCCAUGUUCGCUGGACAGUACGCCGUUUCAAUGAAGGCGGUUGAGCAAAUGGAAUUGGCUAUCCCGGAUGAGGACCUGCGAAUUGAAUCGCCUCCUAUGGCUGACUGGCUGGAGACUUUCCGAUCAGUCCGCCCACACAUUCUCAUUCGUUUCGGAAAAUGGGAGGAGAUUAUCGACACGCCACUUCCGAAAGACCAGAAGCUCCUCUGUGUCACAACAGCUACGAUACACUACGCCAAGGGUGUUGCUUACGCGGCCCUGGGCAAUGUCGAAGAGGCGGCCAAACAGCGCGACCUCUUCCUCGCUGCACGGGAUCGUGUUCCACCGACUCGUUCAGCGUACCCCAACAACUGCCUUGACGUCCUGGAGGUGGCAGAGGCCAUGCUCGACGGCGAACUCGAGUACCGACGCGGCAACAUCGAGCUCGCGUUCGAACACCUCCGAAAGUCAAUCGAUCUAGACGACGACCUGCACUACGCCGAGCCAUGGGCAUGGAUGCAGCCCGCCCGCCACGCCUACGCAGCGCUACUAAUGGAGCAGAACCGCAUCGAAGAAGCAGCGGAUGUAUACCGCACUGAUCUCGGUCUGAACAACAAACUCUACCGCGCGCGACACCACCCCAACAACGUGUGGGCUCUCCACGGGUACCACGAGUGUGCGGUGAAGCUGGGUCUCGACGGCGAGGCGCGGAUCAUCAAGCAGCAGCUCAAGACGGCGAUGGCUUUUGUGGAUGUACCAAUUGAGUCGUCGUGUUAUUGCCGACGGGAUGUUGCGAACGCGGUCUCAUGUUGUCGUUUGUAA